AUGCCCGGCCCAAUUCCACUUCGCAUGCAGCAGGUGCACCUUGGUCGAGGCCCGCUCGGUCACUUGGCUGUCAAUCCGGCCUGCGCAACACCAAAAGCUGUGUACGCAGCUGAGCAUGCGGCACACGAAUCAAUUCUACUCGAAAGAUGCCCUGCAGACAUCUGGCCCGGCGGUACUUCUUACACAUACGGCUGCCCGCGACCGAUUCUCAUGUACAAGCGUCAUCAUGACCAGUUGGUGCGGUUUCAUGAGUCCCUCAUCAUUGCCAUCGUAGACAUUGUCAAGAGGUGGUUCUCGGAUCAGGACGCAAGAUUCCCCGAGAGGAUGCCGCUACUAAAAGAUGAAGAGCAGCUAUUACAGUGGCUCGAUGGGCAAGUUGUACAGGGAAACCUCGCGCCGUACUCAGCAGCAACGCUCGGAUCUUGGAGGCCUGAUUUUCUUGUUGAAGAUGACAAUGGGGAAGAAAACUUCCGUUUAACCGAGAUCAACGCGCGAUUUUGCUUCAAUGGCUUCAUGCACGGCAGCUACGGGCAGACAGCGCUCGACAACAUGGGUAUGGACAAGUCGGGGCUUGUUGGCGCUGCGGAUGGAGAAGAGUUCUUUAACGGCCUCCUUCGGCUCUUUCGCCACGAUCGACCGCUCCAUCUUUUAAAAGGCGAUGAAAGGGGAAUCGACAUUGGCAUGUUCAUCCAUGCCGUUCUGCGACGACUUGGCGUCACCCCGCGCCUCAUCACUCCUGGAGAUUUGAGGCUGAUUCCCGACCCCGCGGAUACCACCCGCACCAUUCUCUGCUGCCUGGACAAGUCCCAAGCCACGAGCCCAUGCGCGCUGAGAACCGCCAGCGGCGAGGUGGUGGAAGAAGUCCACCAGGUCGGCCUGGAGCUGCACCAGCGCGAGCUCGCAGCCCUAGACCCGGAGAUGCUGCGCCACGUCAGUCUGCGCUGCUUCAACGACAUGCGGACGAUCCUGCUCGUCCACGACAAGCGCAUGCUGGGCAUCAUCUCGCAGGAGCUGCCGUCGCUGCUGCGCCGCGGCGUGCUCGCGGCGGGGCAGGCCCGGGCGCUGGCCAAGGGCAUCGCCGACACGACCCUGCCCGGCGAGGCGCGCAUGAGGCGCCUGCUCCGCCAGUCCCGCGUCGAUCCCGCCCUUAAGGACGCAUACCUCCUCAAGCCCGUUCGGGGAGGCAAGGGCGCGGGGAUCGUGUUUGGCGAGGACCUUGGCGGCGACGAGUGGCUGGCCGCGCUGCGGGACCUGCAGAGCGCCCGGCUGGAUCCUGCCGGAGGCGGCGCGAGCCUGGUGGCCCAGCGCAAGGUGGUGCAGCAUAGGUAUGAUCUGGUGCUAAAGGACUGCGGCGAGGUGCUCACGCAGCCUCUGGUAGGGACGUACCACACGGUCCACGGCGAAUACCUCGGCAUUGGCACUUGGCGAAGCAGCGGAGGCCGCAUCUGUGCUGUGAGCAGCGGAGGAGCCUGGAUCUGCUCCGUGAUUGGUCCUGAUUGA